AUGGAGUUGACCGGCGGAGACAGCGGCUGUGCUCGCGGCGGGCUCGUCUGCGUGACCGGCGGCAGCGGUUUCAUCGGCUCCUGGCUCGUCCGCCUCCUCCUCGACCGCGGCUACACCGUCCACGCGACCGUCCAGAACCUCCAGGACGAGGGCGAGACGAAGCACCUGCAGGCUCUGGACGGCGCGGACACGCGCCUCCGGCUGUUCCAGAUGGACCUCCUCGACCCCGCGUCCGUCAGGCCGGCGGUCGAGGGCGUCCACGGCGUCUUCCACCUGGCCUCCCCCGUGAUACUGCAGCCCGCACGAGACCCCGAGAACGAGCUGCUGCUGCCGGCGGUCAACGGCACGCUCAACGUCCUCCGCGCCGCCAAAGACAGCGGCAUAAAGCGUGUCGUGCUGGUGUCGUCGCAGACGGCCAUGUGUCCGAGUCCCGACUGGCCUGCCGGCAAGGUCAUAGAUGAAGACUCCUGGGCCGACUCUGAGAUCCUCAAGAAACUUGAGCUUUGGUACAACGUAUCUAAGACGCUGGCAGAGAAGGCUGCGUGGGACUUCGCCGGAGAGGAAGGACUGCAGCUGGCUGUGCUGAAUCCGGCGCUGGUGCUUGGCCCAACGUUGACCCCAGCAGCUACUCCCAGUCUCCGUCUGCUGAUGCUGCUUCUGGGAGGCGAAAGGCUUGACAUGGACCUCUUCUUCAUUGGCUGCGUCGAUGUCAGAGAUGUGGCACAAUCUCUGGUAGUGCUCUAUGAGAACACGUCAGCGCAGGGACGUCACUUGUGCUUGGAGUCCGCCGCACGGCUCAUCGAUGUCCACGAUCAACUUGCUAAUCUUUACCCCGAAUUCCCGGUUCAGAGGAUCCAGGAGGACAAACAGGGCUGGUUGGUGAGAUCGAAGGCUCCGUCCAAGAAAUUGAUCGAUCUGGGUGUUCAUUUCACCCCAUUCGACAAAACUGUCAGUGACACGGUGGAUUGCUUAAGGAGCAAAGGGGAAAUCUAG